AUGCCUACAUUAGAAGUAUCAUUUACUCAUUUUAUGCAAUCACAUAUUCCUAGCCGGUUUCUUGCAUACGAGAAGGCUUAUAGGAUGGAUAACAAAUCUAGUGGACGUGGUGUUCGCCAGUUCAUGACAUACCUACAACAUAGACUUGAGAAGGAAAAAGAAAUGACAAAACCUAGACUAGCACAAAAUGAUGCUAAGGAAAUCCAAAAAUUCUACCAGAUCUUCUAUGAGAGAAACAUCAAAGACAACAUAUACUUAAAGAAACCUGAAGAGAUGGCCAAGCUUUAUCAGAUUGCAACUGUUUUAUAUGAAGUAUUAAAGAACGUGGUACCUGGUUCAAAAAUCGAGCCAAAGACUCAACACUACGCACGUGAUGUAGAGGAAAACAAAAAGCAAUAUGAACCCUAUAACAUUCUUCCUUUGUAUGCCGUUGGAAUUAAACCAACAAUUAUAGAGAUUCCCGAGAUACAAGCAGCUCUUAGAGCGAUUCGCACUACGGAUAACCUUCCAUCUGACUCAGAAAAAUCUGUUAAUGAUAUUCUCGAGUGGUUAUCAUCAAUUUUUGGUUUUCAGAAAGGAAACGUUGCAAAUCAACGGGAACACUUGGUAUUGUUACUUGCAAAUAUUCAUAGAAGGUUGAAGGGUGUCGAAGACUAUGAACAGUUGGGUAGCCAAACGGUAAAACAUUUAUUGGAUAUUACUUUGAAGAACUAUGUCUCAUGGUGUCAUUAUUUGCACCGAACAUCAAUCAUUGAUUCAAAUAAGGUUCCACCUAGUGCUGAUAGGCAGCAGUUGCAUCUUCUGUACAUUGGACUCUAUCUACUCAUCUGGGGUGAAGCUUCAAACAUCCGGUUCAUGCCUGAAUGCCUUUGCUAUAUUUUUCAUAAUAUGGCAAAGGAAAUGCUUGAAACUUUAUUUCGCAAUGUCCAAUCUGUAAGUGGAGGGAAAAAUCAAGUUGGUGAGGAAGCAUUUCUGUGUGAUGUCAUCUCACCUAUUUUUGAUGUUCUUCUUAAGCAGGAAGCCAGGAGAAAUCAAGGUGGCAAUGCAAGCCAUGCUUCAUGGAGAAACUAUGAUGAUCUUAAUGAAUAUUUUUGGUCUGACAAAUGCUUUAAGUUAGGCUGGCCAAUGAAUCGCAAAUCUGACUUUUUUAUUCACUCCGAUGAGUCAUCGCGCCAUCAUGUAGGGCGCAAUCAAGUUGUAAAGAAGACUAAAACAAAUUUUGUUGAAGUGCGUUCAUUUUUGCAUCUUUACAGGAGUUUUGAUCGGAUGUGGAUAUUCCUCAUAUUGGUCUUGCAGGCUAUGAUAAUUGUUGCAUGGCAUGGAGAUGGAUCAAUCUUUGGAAUUUUAGAUGAAGCUGUCAUUAAAAACAUCUCCAGCAUAUUCAUCACUUAUGCCAUACUUAACUUUAUCCAAGUUAGUCUAGACAUAAUCCUUAGUUUGAACGCAUGGAGGAGCUUAAAACCUACACAGAUUCGUCGCUGUAUUUUCAAAUUUGUUGUUGCUGCUUUUUGGAUGGUAACCUUGUCCAUUUGUUACUUAAGAUCAGUUCCAAAUCCAACAGGAUUUGUGAAGUUUUUCAGUACUUUGGGAGGAAAUUGGAGAGGGCAAAUACUUUAUAAUUAUCUUAUAGCAAUUUACUUGAUACCCAAUUUGCUGGCUGCCUUGCUAUUUCUGCUUCCACCUAUAAGGAGACACAUGGAAAGUUCCAAUAGGCGUAUACCCACUCUUAUAAUGUGGUGGGCACAACCAAAACUCUAUGUUGGAAGAGGCAUGCAUGAGGACAUCUUGUCUCUUUUCAAGUAUACUCUAUUUUGGAUAGUGCUUCUAAUUAGCAAGUUCGCAUUCAGCUUCUAUGUGGAGAUACUGCCACUGGUCAAGCCCACAAAGUUAAUCAUGAAAAUGCAUGUUAGCAGCUACGAGUGGCAUGAGUUCUUUCCCAACAUGACCCAUAAUAUUGGCGUUGUUAUUUCUAUAUGGGCUCCAAUUGUCAUGGUCUAUUUCAUGGACACACAAAUUUGGUACACGAUAUAUGCUACUAUUAUUGGUGGCAUCUACGGGGCCUUGAGUCACUUGGGUGAGAUACGGACACUUGGCAUGCUGCGGUCAAGAUUUAAAUCUGUUCCUUCAGCUUUCUGUGAACGCCUUAUGCCUGUGCAAAAAAAAGAACCUAAAAGAGAUCACGUGGAAGAUGAUUUAUUGGUGACCAGAAAGAACAUAGCAAAAUUUUCACUGGUGUGGAACGAAUUCAUAUUUUCAAUGCGGAUGGAAGACUUGAUCAGCAACAGUGAGAGAGAUCUGCUUCUUGUACCAUAUACCACAAGUGAUGUUCCAGUUGUCCAGUGGCCACUAUUCAUGCUUGCUAGUAAGAUCCCCAUUGCAUUAGACAUGGCCAGCGAUUUCAGAGGAAAGGAAGAUGGAGAUCUGUUCCAGAAGAUCAUUGGUGAUGAUUAUAUGCGGUCAGCAGUGAUGGAAUGCUACCAAACACUUAAGGAAAUAUUAUUUGAACUCAUUGAUGAUGACCGAGAUAAAAUGAUCAUACAGUGUAUAUGCCAUGAAAUAGAAACUAGCAUUCAACAGCGAAUGUUUUUGAAUAAAUUUCGUAUGAGCGAAUUGCCUUCACUAAAUGAUAAGCUGGUGAAGUUCUUGGAUAAUCUGCUAGCAGACAAUGUUGAUGAUGAGAAAUACACAUCCCAAAUCAUCAAUGUUUUUCAGGAUGUCAUGGAGAUUAUCAUACAAGAUGUUAUGAUCUAUAACGGGCACGAGUACGUCUUUUAUUUUGUGUUGAACACGACUCUUUUAUAUGGGAAACAACAAGACUUUUAUUAA